AUGGUGCUGCCAGAAUUACAAAGUUUGGUCAUGUGUUUCGUGCAAAUCAUUUUUCAGGCGAAACGCUCUCAACAAUUUCAAUGUUAUUUUAAUGGCAAUUGUGACAUAAAUUCUGAAACGAGAAAAUGCUGUAAAUUCUGUCGAUUAAAGAAGUGCUUCGCCGUCGGUAUGAAGAAAGUAUGCGUCGAUUCUGAAUGCAUUCGUAAACUAAAGCUAAUACUAUCGGCACAAAAAUCAGAUGAAAAUAAAUGCGAUAAAAAUAGUACUACUGUUGACACAACUGGCCUUUCGGACCAAUUAAACAAAAGUGAUUAUAACGACAAGACGACAGGUUAUGAGUUAUUAGAUUUGGAUAACAUAUUUGAAUUCAAAGAGACAGAUGAGUGUAAUUAUGGUCACUUUGAAGGCAAAACAAUGUCAAUCUUAAGACCGAUAACCGAUUACAACAACACAUUCAAUGAGAUUGAAGGCAUGAAAUUGUGUGAACUGUUGAACGCGUCGACUGUUUUCAAAAAUAAUGAAAUCAAAUGGACUGAAGAGAGCCGACAGACUGAGGCCAUCAAAUUAAUAGCCAAUGAUUGGGAACAAACCACAUAUAAUAUAAUUAAAAUGUCCAAAAAGUUGAGACAUUUUGGUGAUAUGUGCGCCGAAGACCAGUUGGCUUUAAUAAAGUACGGGUGCCUUGAAAUGAGUUGUAUCAGACAGGCGUCGGCCUAUGAUUUAAACCACCGAAAGGUGUCUAUUAUAUCGGAAAGCGGAAACACAACCCUUAUUAAGAUGCAUCUCAUACAAGAAGUUAAGCCACAGAUCUAUCAAUCGUUUGAUGAUUUUCUAACAUAUUAA